CAUAAGUAAUAUAAUCGGGUGUUUGGCUAAAACGGGAAACAAUAUCAUAUCGUUUCGAAUCGUUAGGAAAGAGGAUAAAAGUUUUUCCAUCGGAUUAAUGACUGUUUUCAUGUCUAUAUUUGCAUUCAUACCGUACCCACUGGUCUAUGGGGCGGUAGCCGAUGCCUCGUGUCUGAUAUGGGAGUCCAGUUGUGGACAGAGAGGCAACUGUUGGGCGUACGACACGCCGACAUUCCGGCGCCGACUACACGGCCUAACACUCGGCCUCUACUUCUUCGGCAGUCUCUUCGACAUAAUCGUCAUAUUCUUGUCCUCAAGAAUCAAGAAUUUAUACGACGAUGACGUCGAUGGACAGGAAUCGGACAGUUUGUCGGAUAUGAAACUCAAUACAAUCGGUGGACAGACAUCUCAACCCAAUUGA